CUGUGUGUGAGCCCGGGCGGCCUGAGGGGCGGCGGAGACACAGGGGGAGGGAGAAGCAGAAGCAUGGCGGCUCGCUGUGGGCCGCCCUACCCUCUUCUUCACUGCUGUCGCCGCCGCCGCCGCCGGGAGCCUUUUAUCUGCAUGUGUUAGUUGUAAGCGUGCAGCCCACGCACCAGCGCUCGGGUCUACCGGCUGUCCUCUCGCCGCCACUGCCAGUCUGAGAGGUCGACUGGGGAACUCGUCCUUCCACCCCACCCACCAGCCUGCGGGCGGGGACCAUGGAGGACAUGAAGCUGGAGUUCCCUUCCCUUCCACAGUGCAAAGAAGAUGCCGAGGAGUGGACCUAUCCUAUGAGACGAGAAAUGCAGGAAAUUUUACCUGGAUUGUUUUUAGGCCCGUAUUCUUCUGCUAUGAAAAGCAAGCUAUCUAUACUACAGAAACAUGGAAUAACCCACGUAAUAUGCAUCAGGCAAAAUAUCGAAGCAAACUUUAUUAAACCAAACUUUGAACAAUUAUUUAGAUACUUAGUCUUGGAUAUUGCAGAUAAUCCAGUAGAAAAUAUAAUACGGUUUUUCCCAAUGACUAAAGAGUUUAUUGAUGGGAGCUUACAAAGUGGAGGAAAAGUUCUUGUCCAUGGAAAUGCAGGAAUCUCUAGAAGUGCUGCCUUUGUUAUUGCAUACAUUAUGGAAACAUUUGGAAUGAAGUACAGAGAUGCAUUUGCUUAUGUUCAGGAAAGAAGAUUUUGUAUUAAUCCUAAUGCUGGAUUUGUCCAUCAACUUCAGGAAUAUGAAGCCAUCUACUUAGCAAAAUUAACAAUACAGAUGAUGUCACCCCUACAGAUAGAAAGAUCAUUAUCUGUUCAUUCUGGUACAACAGGCAGUUUGAAGAGAAUGCAUGAAGAGGAGGAGGAGUUUGGAAACAUGCAAGUGGCAACUGCACAGAAUGGCUGA